AUGAAUAUACACGAUUUAGUACAAGAAAGAGACUCAACACCAUUGGUUGAAGAGAAACCGGAAGAGUCAAAGUCAAUUGAAAAUUCUGAAUUUAAAGUAGAAGACCAAACCCAAGAAAUUGGAGAUAUUCAGGAUGAAAAGUCUAACAUAGAAGAUACCAAAGAAAGCACAACAACAGAAUCUAAGGGUAUACAUCAAGAACAAUUACCAGAGAAAGAGGAUGAACCAAUGGAAGAACCUACUGAAGCACCGGCCAAAGAGCCUACAGAUGAAAUAAUGGAAGAAGCCACGGAUGAACAUAAUACAGAGCCAUCACCACAACCAAUAGUAAAAACAGAACAAAUUGAAACUCCUAGGCAAACUCCACAACCUCAAAUUCAUCAACCAAAUACAACCAAUAAUAAAAAAAUAAAACAAGAAACAUCCACAAUUGAAACUUCGAAUUUACCUCCAUUACAUGAAAUUGUUGGUGGUUCAUCAAUACGAAGGUAUUUAAACAAGCAUUUAACUCAACAUUUACUAGAAGGAUUGAAAGAAGUUGGUAAUGUAAAACCUGAUGAUCCUUUAAGAUAUCUAGGUGAAUUUUUGAUAGCGAGAUCGGAGGAUGAAAAGCUAAAAGAAGAGUAG